AAGGGAAGUGGGUGUUGAAGCUGUUGUCAGAUCAGACCACUGACUGCGAGGUUGCCGGGUUUACUGGAGAUGCAGAGUGCAUUUAGGCGUCCGGUGAUUGCAUCUGGAGGCUUAUUCCUCAAAGAGGUGGAAGUUUUAUUCAGGAGUCUUAUGAACACAGAAGAAAGUUCUUCCAUUUAGAAUUGUGGGACUAGGUUUCUUGCUAACAAUAUGAAAAGCUCCGAGUUUAGCCCGGGAAAGAAAAAAAGGGUUAAAAUGCCCGCGAGGAGACUUCGUGAGGUCCUUUCUCCGAAUCAGGAAGACAAUUUGGCUUUGUGGAAAGAUGAGUUGCCCCGUGUUUCUCCAGUGUUGUCUGCAAGUAAACGUCCUCCUGUUCGAAUGGGGACUAACAUGAAUGGAACAUUGCAUGGUUCUUCGGAUAUAACUUCUUCUAGAAAAUAUCACAAGCCUCCGUUAGAAAAUUCUGCUAUAUCAGAAAACGAUUUUUCUAAAGAUGUUGUAGUGCAGAGGUUACCUUUGGAUAAAACAGAAGAGAGCAACAGACAAAACGCAAAUGAUAUCUGUAUUUCUCAGUAUACCAUGGGACAGAAGGAUGCUCUAAGAACAGUUUUAAAGCAAAAAGCGCGAAGCAUGCCUAUCUUUAAGGAAGUAAAGGUACAUCUUUUGGAAGAUGCUGGCAGAGAAGAGAAUACUGUUACACAGGAGGCCAGAACUUCACCCAGUGCCAUUGAUUCUGCUACAACUGUAGCUGCAGCAACUGCUGCUGCCAUUGCAACAGCAGCUCCACUGAUAAAGGUGCAGAGUGAUUUGGAAGCAAAAGUUAAUUCUGUUACAGAAUUACUUAAUAAGUUACAGGAGACGGAUAAACACUUACAACGUGUUACAGAACAGCAAGCAAGCAUUCAGAAUAAAGAAGAGAAAUUACAUUGUCACAAUCAUGAGAAGCGAAUGAAUGUAUUUAUGGAGCAGCAAAUUAAGCAUCUUGAAAAAUUACAACAGCAACAAAUGGAUAUUCAGACUCAUUUUAUUAGUGCUGCAUUAAAGACUAAUAGUUUUCAGCCUGGUAGCAUGCUUCCUUCCAGAGCAGUGGAAAAGUAUUCUGUAAAACCAGAACAUCCUCAUCUUGGUAGCAGCAAUAUGUCUUCACAUCACACAUAUACUUCCAAACAAGAGUUUGAAGAUAUGGAUUUUAAUGAACAAAAAUCUCCUUUGGAGACACCAGCACCUCGCAGGUUUGCUCCUGUACCUGUUUCAAGAGAUGAUGAAAUGUCAAAGAAGGAAAAUCCCAUAGAAGAAAAAGAAAACAUGGAAAUGUUAGGUCAGAGAGGAAAUGUAAGACUGUUGGAACAGAUUUUGAAUAAUAAUGAUUCUUUGAUAAAGAAAAAUGAAUUGUUAGACAUAACCUCACUAACUAGGCCGACAAUGGAAUGGAAACUUGAGAAAAAAAACAGCAUUGGAACUCUUCCUUCUCAAAGAUUUCCAUCCUAUGAAGAUCUAGGCACAUCUAAAGUGACUAUGCAGAAGUCUAAUGAUGUUCUUCAUGAUCAUGGCCAAAAGAAGAAAGAAACAAAUGACAUGCUCCAGCAGAAAGACUUGCCAAUUAUGAUGAGGCUUGCUGAUCUUCCACAGAAUUCUGUUAAGCUUCAAACAGCCAAUACAACAAGAUCUGUAUUGAAAGAUGCUGCGAAGAUUUUGAGAGGAGUACAAAACAAUAAAAAAGUACUUGAAGAAAACCUAGAAGCCAUUAUUCGUGCAAAAGAUGGAGCUGCUAUGUACUCAUUUAUCAAUGCUUUAUCCACAAAUAGAGAGAUAUCAGAGAAAAUUAGGAUCAAAAAGAUAGUAGAUGAGUGGAUUAAAACUAUUUCAGCAGAAAUUCAGGAUGAAUUGGCAAGAAAAGAUUAUGAAAAAAAGAGAUCUGAUCUUAAGAAUCAAAGGACCAAGAAAGCUCAGAAUAUGAGUAAAGAUACUAAAACCAACACAAAAGACAAAACUGUGAACAGGCCUAUAAUUCCAAGACAGCAUUCUCAAAAACAAAUAGAGGAACAUUUUAGAAGUCCACCUAUGAGGAGAAGCAUGCCUGCUUCAGCUGUACAGAAAGAAAGAAAAGAAGGGCAUUUAAAAUCAACCACAGUGAUACAAGAUGAUGAUUAUAUGUUACAAAUAUAUGGAAAACCUGUUUAUCAGGGUCAUCGUAGCACUCUUAAAAAAGGACCAUAUCUCAGAUUUAAUUCUCCAUCUCCUAAGUCCAAACCACAGAGACCAAAAGUAAUAGAACGAGUUAAAGGCACUAAAGUAAAAUCAAUAAGAACGCAAACUGACUUUUAUGCAACAAAAUCUAUGAAGGUGGAUUCUAAGAUACAACAUCCUGUUACUACACCACCUCAUGGUGAUCAGCAAUAUUUGUUCAGCCCAAGCAGAGAAAUGCCUACUCUUUCAGGUACACUGGAAGGUCAUCUAAUUCCUAUGGCAAUUCUUUUAGGACAAACCCAAAGUAAUAGUGACUCCAUGAGGCCUAUUGGAGUAAUGGCAAACAAGCCACACCCUAUAACUGUGACAACUUCUAUUCCUCCAUCAUUUCGAAAAUCAGAAACUGGGAUAAAGAAACCCAACAUAGCAGUUGUGGAAAUGAAGUCAGAAAAAAAAGAUCCUCCUCAACUUUCUGUACAGGUAUGCCAUACCAAGAUAAUGCAAAAUAAAAUAAUAAUACACUUAACUGUUACUAAGCCGGGCAUCGUGGUGCCCACUUAUAAUCCCAGUGGUUGGAAGGCUGACGCAGGAAGAUCACAGGAAGAGGAAAAAUGUGAUGAAAUCCCAGAAAGCUCUGAACCAUUACUAGAAUUUAACAGAAGUGUUCAAGUUGCUUCUACAAAGUAUAAUGGUCCUCCAUUUCCACCAGUUAUUUCUACUUUUCAGCCCACUACUGAAAUUCUGGAUAAAGUAAUUGAGAGAAAAGAAACGUUGGAAAAUAGCUUAAUUCAGUGGGUAGAACAAGAAAUAAUGUCAAGGAUUAUCUCUGAGCUCCAUCCAAUCCAGCAGCAGGCCAGACUUAAUGCCAGUGUUUCAGUCAGUGAGGCAAGUGAACCAAUGACCUCUGACAUUGUGGAAGGAACAAGCUAUGGUGCUCUCCAGCUCUUUGUUGAUGCGGGGGUUCCUGUGAAUUCGGACAUGAUUAGCCAUUUUGUAAAUGAAGCUCUGGCUGAGACCAUUGCUGUCUUGCUGGGUGACAGAGAAACAAAGAAGCAAGAUCCUGUGGCUACAAGUGUUUCUGGUGAUGUUUUAUCAAAGGAAACAUAUUUUCCGGCAAGAGUGUGUACCCCUGUGGCUACUCCACAGCCUACACCUCCUCGAUCACCUUCAUCACCUCCUAAGGACCGGGUGUUAGUGAAAACUCCAGAUUCUUCUCCAUGUGAUUCAGAUCAUGAUGGGGCUUUUUCUGUAAAAGAUGUAUUUCCUGAAAAAGGACAUGAUAUGCCUACCAUGACACUUGUGAAUACUCCAGCAAUUACCCCUGCUCCUUCGCCUCCUCCAGCAGCUGCAGCUGCUCUUACCCCAACUUUGUCAGAGAUUUCCAUUGAUAAAUUGAAGAUAUCAAGCCCAGAGCUUCCCAAGCCAUGGGGGGAUGGAGACCUGCCACUGGAUGAGGAGAAUCCUAACUCUCUAUUAGAAGGAUUUGUUCACCCAAGGGCUAUUGUAAUGUCUGUAGCUAAAGAUGAAGAACCUGAGAGUGUGGAUUUCCCUGCUCAGCCUGCGCCUCCAGAGCCAGUUCCCCUUACACCAUUUCCUGCAGCCACCAAGGCUCCUUCUCCCUUACAGAUGCCAAGUUCUGGUUCCUCUACAAUGGAGAGCACUUUGAGCAUUACUGUCACUGAAACAGAAACUUUAGAUAGACCCAUCUCUGAAGGAGAGGUUUUAUUUAGCUGUGGUCAAAAAUUGGCUCCCAAGAUUUUAGGAGCUGGAGAAAUAUAUCUGACACACCUAAAUGAUAGCUUAUCUAGCACUUUGCAAGAUGCUCUUGAAAUGGAAGAUGAUCCUCCCAGUGAAGGACAGGUGAUUGGGAUGCCCCAUAAAAAGCUUCAUGCAGAUGCAAUUCUUUCUCUCCUUACUAAACAAAAUCAAGAAUUAUUAGUUUCACAGCAAUCAGUCUAUCACUCAGAGGACUUGGAACACAGUGUCGGUGAACUCAGUGAAGGACAAAGGCCCAAGCUGACAGCAGCAGCAGAAAAGAUCCUGAAGGGACAGUCUCUGUUUAUGCAACAGCCUGUUGCUAACGCAGAGUCUGUGGAUCAACCAUGUGAUCCAAAGCCAUUUUUUCAGCAAUUUGACACAGUUUCAGGUGGUAUUUAUGAAGAUUCAUGUGCUAGUCGUGGUCCAAUGAGUUUGGGAGAGCUGGAGUUGCAGCCAAAUACUAACCUCGUCCUUCCCACAACACUUUUGACAACACAAAAAAAUGAUGUUAAUUUACAGGAGGCAGCUGAAGAUUUUUCUCAGUAUCAACAAAAGCAGGAUGAGGAUGUUAAAGAAGUUGAACACAAGCCAGUAAAAAGUCGUUUAAUACAUGUGAGAAGUAAAUCUGAUAUUACACUUUCACCACAAGGUGAUAUGGAUCGAACACAAAUUGAGCCCAGUCUGUACCUUGCAUCUGUAUUUACAAAUGGUGAGGCAAUGCCACUCUUCACUCCUCAGAUGUCUCCUGCUAAGAUGUCCGUGACGCUGCCCUCGAUGAAACCUGAGGAUUGCUCUCAGUCCCUGAGCGUCAGCACCAUACAGGGGGAUGUGGAGUCCUCAGGGGAAGAUACCUUCUGAGUGGGGAGUGAGAACCAGCUUACUUAUGAAGGCAUUUCACUUUGGCUUAAAACUACCCCCUCAAGCUGUUUUGGUCUUUGAGCAUAUUCUGAAAAAACAUUUCUAAUUUUUUUUUAUUCAGAUGAAAAGUACAAUUUUGGUAUUUAGAUAAAGUUUUUGAAUAAAAUAAAUAUAAAUCAUCAUAAGUCUGGCUGUGAGUUGUUUCUCUGAAGCCUAAAGUAAAAUGGAAUAGUGGGGAGGGCAUGACUUUUGACAUCUAAGAAUAUAUUUUAUAGGUACAAUUAUCUGUCCAUACUUGUGAAGUCAUGUAACUCAAGGUUCAUGCUUACAUUUUUUUUUAAAAUAGCAAAUAACUAUAAGUAAUAUAGAGACUGUCAAUAAUAGACUGGUUAGUAAGAGUAACAAUAGAGUUGUACAAUGGAAUACUACAUGUUACAAAAAAAAUGUUUAAAUGUAUACAUUAUAUGGGAUUUUUUUCUAAAAUACAAUGUUAAUGUGGAAUAAUCCAUACACAAAAUGGUAUGUGGACUAUGCUGCUAUAGUUUUAAAUGAGGAGGGAGAACCCUGAAUGUAUGGUAUCUAUAUAUACAUAUGCUUACACGGAUUGCUUGUAUUUAUAUUAAGUAACUUUGGAAAGAUAAACAAAAAACUGCUAACAUGGUUUCCAGGAGAGGAAUUUAUGGCUAAGUGAUAGGAGUUAAGGAUGACUAUAGUUUCUGUGUAUUUGAACUUGUUUGGUUACUGGAAAAAGGAGUCUGAAUGAGAUUAAUUAUUUAUAUGCCUUCUUUCUACUUGGUAAAUAUUUAUACAUCAUAAACCUGUGAAACAUGUGGCUGAACUACCUUUCAAAACAUAAAUACAUAAUAUUAAAAGCAUGGCUUUUUAAUUAGACAUGUGUGGGUUUGUAUUCCAGUUUCUCUACCUACCUGCUCUGUGAUAGGCAAAUAAGCCCUCCUCAUCAGCUGGCUUGGGUUAAUAGGUUUUAUCAUUGUUUUUGCAGAAUAAUGGAGAUUAGUGAUAAUGUGUUUAUGGAGGGCAGUAAAAUGGGGUAGGGUGAGGUGUUUGGCACCAGGUAAGUGCUUGAUAAAUGUUGUUAUUAGAAUCUUGAGGGGUCUUAGCAUCCAACACUACAGAGUAAACACUUGAGAAGAGCAUCCUAACAUGAGUUAAAAAAAAUAAAAAUAUCUCCCUGAAAUGUUACUUUCUAUCACCACACAGUUCAAACACACAGUAAUUACAAUCAUCCUUGACUCAAGAGUUUUUCUAGGUUACUUAGUGGGUCUCAGCCCUGGCUGCACAUUAGAACCACUGGGAACUUUUAAAAAUUACUAAUGCCUGGGCUACAUACCAGGGAUUCUGAUUUAAUUGAUCUUGGGUAGAGUCCAAGCAGUGGUAUUAAAAAUGAAAAAAAUAAAAAAAAAGACCUUUUCAGACGAUUUUAGUGUGUAUGCACUCAAA